AUGGCUGCGGAACAACAAACCGGCUCGCCUGAACGGAUAGAUCCCCCUGAUCCCACCAAACCUGACUAUGAUAUCAGAGCGGAUGUAUGGAGUCUUGGCAUUUCACUGGUUGAACUCGCCACGGGACAGUUUCCAUACAAAAAUUGUAAAACGGACUUUGAGGUUUUAACAAAGGUGCUGCAGGAAGAUCCUCCCCUGCUCCCUCAAAGUAUGGGCUUCUCGAUGGACUUUCAAUCAUUUGUAAAAGAUUGCCUUACAAAGGAUCACAGGAAGAGACCAAAAUACAAUAAGUUGCUU